CCAGCACAAAAAAAAAAAUCAGUUGCCGCUAAUGCUCCAUCAGUUCAUUGCGCUCCCUUGCACAGCUACACGAGAGCCAAAACACUGGGGGACUUUGCUGGUCGAUCCACUCUGAGCCUGAGGGAGUGCAGCUAUGGCAAAGUCGGCGUUCGUAACCACCCGCGUCUCUCGCAUCUUCAGCCAUACAACUCCCUCCUUCUCGUCCUCAUACAUAAAGUUGAAGCUACGCCCAUCACGCCUUCUCUCCCUUCCCUCCUCAAAAUUCAACCACCCAUCUCCUUUGGUACCUGAAACCCUCUCCUACUCCACCACCCCUGCAACUCCCUUCCCUCUCCAAUACGACAUGAUUGUCUCCCGCCCAGCCCACCAGCUGCACCACCCCUCUCCAACCCACCCCUGCCGCCGACUCACCUCACCCAAAUCAAAACCACCCGACGAUUCACAUCCUGGUUCCUCUGAAGAACUCGGUUUUGACGAUUGGGUGGAUAAGAAAUUAAACUCCAGCACCACGCCAUCGUCAUCUUCUUCAUCGUCUGAGCAUGACGCGAUUGCGUUGGACAGGUCUAAAAGGAAAUAUUACAGUAAGAGGAGGAAGAGAAUGUACGGUUCAGAUUCAGAGGACGAAAGUAAUCGCCGAGACGACAACGAUUUUGUUGAACUAAAGCAAGAAGUCGUGGAGCUUCGCACAUUGCACAAGCGAGAAGAGGAGCUGUACUUUUACGAUUCUUUUGCAUAUCCUUGGGAAAAAGACAAGCAUUAUAAAAUGGUUUAUCAGCUGGAGAAGAAGUAUUUUCCUGAUCAGGGCUUUGAUAAGGCGUUUCUGGCACCCGGGCAGCAGUCGAACCAGAGGGGAAAGAAGAAAGCUAAUAAGAGUGGAAUUAGGAGCACUGAAGCAAAAUCCAAGGAAGUGAAGGAUAAAGGGAUCGUGUUCUUUGAUGAUGAGGAGAAAUUUGCUGAGAGAGAUGAUAAUGCCAUUCAAGUUGAGGUUUCAGAGAAGAAAGUUGAGGAGUUCUUCAAGUGUUUGAAGAAAGUUCCCAAUAAAGAGACUGACGUUGCUAAUGCUGAACCGUUUCUUUCGUCUAGGAGUCGUGGUCUUCCACCCAAGUGGGAUACCACUGCAGGCACCGUGGUUCUGGUCAAUAAACCAAAGGGUUGGACUUCCUUUACGGUUUGUGGAAAGCUGCGUCGCCUGGUCAAUGUUAAAAAGGUGGGACAUGCUGGAACUCUUGAUCCCAUGGCAACUGGUUUAUUAAUUGUGUGUGUUGGUAAAGCAACAAAAGUUGUUGACAGGUAUCAGGGUAUGAUUAAGGGUUACAGUGGGAUUUUCCGCUUAGGAGAAGCCACCUCGACUUGGGAUGCUGAUUCACCAGUUAUUCAACGCGAACCCUGGGAACACAUCAGGGAUGAAGACAUAAAGAAAAUUGCUGCAUCACUUUGUGGCGAAAUAUGGCAAGUCCCCCCAAUGUUCUCCGCAAUUAAAGUUGGUGGGGAGAAGAUGUAUGAGAAAGCAAGAAGAGGAGAAAGUACUGAACUUUCACCAAGACGAAUUUCGAUUUUCCAGUUUCAUGUGGAGCGAAGCCUAGAGGACCGGCAAAAUGUGAUAUUUCGGGUGACUUGCUCUAAAGGAACGUAUAUUAGAUCCCUAUGUGCUGAUUUUGGAAAGGCUCUUGGCAGCUGCGCUCAUUUGACAGCUUUGCGAAGGGAUGCAAUUGGAGAAUAUUCAGCAGACGAUGCCUGGGAGUUUCAAGAAUUGGAGGAAGCAGUUGCCAAAGCAUAUCUCUAGUUGUUAACCAGCUAUUUUGCCAGUGAUAGUUACAAAAGAUUCGCCAAUACCUAAUGAGUCAUGAGUUAGCCUCACCAAGCUGGAAAAGGACCGAUAAUAUCUCCAUGACGUUGCCCAAAAAGGAGACAUAUUCUGCCUACUCUCCUACAAAAUGAAUAGAGAUAAUGUAGGACCAAUACAAGAAGGGGAAAAAACGUAUUGGGUUUAAUUAUUUGUUAUUGAAUUAGUAUGAUUUUAAUCUGAUUAUUCUUAUUAGGUAUUA